UGGGCGCUGGCAUGGGCCUGAGCCUGGGCCUGGGCCACGGUCACGGCCUGAGCGUGGGCGCCACAUCGCCCACCACCUCGGUGGCCUCGGCCAGCCUCAUCGGGGCCCAUUGCAGUGCCGUCGGCAGCGGGGCGAUGGCCGCCGCUCCGCUGGGCAACAUUUGCAACACUCUGCCGCAUGCCCCCUCCAGCAAUGUGCCCCUCAACCGGAAUCUCGUCAUGCUGCGCAACCAUCUGCGCAAGAACACGAGCGGCAGCAGCAACAGCGGCGGCGGCGGCGGCGGCGGCGGCUGCAGUGGCGGCGUCCAGCAGCUGCUGCAGGAUCAGGACGACAAGGAUCAAUAACCCAUUUACUACAUCAAAUUCUUAGUCUAGGUCUUAGUCUUGGAUUAACUGUAAACUGUAUUUGAGUUAAGUGUAUUUCAAUUGCUGUGAUUCGAUAGUGAAAACAAAAGGCCAACACGCGUCUUUCAGUUCAAAUGUAUAGUGUAUAGAGAGAGAUAGACAGACAGGAGUAGCAGGAGCAGAGGCAGAACAGAUGAAGGUGAAGAGGCAGAGUGUAGCAGGCUUUGGCCUCAGUCAGAGUUAGUCAGUCAGUCAAUCCUUCCUCCGAUAAUGUUGGCAUUUACACAAAUAUAUAAAACACACACACACUUAUACUUAUACCUACACUUAAGUAAGAAAGAGGGAAAGAGAUAUUCUAUAUAUGUAUACUUGGUAAAGUACUGAACAUGUUUUGACUAUUUUUAGUUGGCUCUUUCACAGCAGGCUUCGUAUCGGUGUAUGUGUAUGAGACUUGUGUCCUUCCAACCCGUUUGCUUUCCUGUUCAAUUGCUUUGCAUAGGCAUAUGUAUAAUUCUCAACGUGAUAUUGUGAAACGUCCAGUUUGAAUUGCAUUUUACACAUACACACACACACACACACACACACACAGAAAGACUCCUUUCCAACGUCUUUUGAUUAACAAGAACAGACCACACACGCAGACAACCCUCGAGUUGAAUGAUUCCUAUUUUAAAGCACUCACUUGGAGGAGUGCAAGCAAUAGACCAAUUCAAUUUUAAUAAGCCAACGACGAACCACAAACGAAAUAUUUAUAGACACAAACACCAAACUGCCAUUCGAUACUAAUUUUAAUUGUUUUAUACUCGUAUAAGUAACAAUUAAUGUAAAGGAAAUGGAUGCUAAAUGCUAAAUGAAUAUAUCGGGAGACCAUGAGAAUCCGUCAGAAACUUGUAAAAACAUAAAAAUUGCCAAAAAAAAAAAAACAACAAAAUUUAAAGGAGAAAUGUAAUGUACGCUAAGCAAUAUUUUCAAAUCGUAGCGAAUCGUGUGCGGAUCGUGUGUACAUAUAGCCCGGGGGGCGGCGAUAGGGAGAUACGAUCCAGUUUAUGCCAUUUAUGGAAAAGAUAUCAAAAUGUAACCAAUAAGAGCGAUUUAGCGAUAAUCAAAAGCAGACAAUGAAAUUAGUCAGGCAGCGCAAAUGUUUUUAAUCAGUUUCCAUGAAUUAGUUAAAUAAAUGAACGACGAACGGCACAACAACUACGAAUAAAACCCCAUUAAAUAUACUUACAUCCACAACAUGAAUAAACUGAUUCGAAUACAUAUUGAAGCAUAGCAUAGCAUAGCCUAGCAUAGAGCAUAUAAAAUAUAUGGCAAUUAUUGUAAAUGGAUGGUGACGGACGGGGAGAAUGCUUUGACUUUUACUCGAAACAUAAUUAAACCUGAACAUAAGAUAGUAUCGAUAAUCGCAUGGAUAAUUCAUCUACUCUAAAACUAAAUCUAAAUCUAUCCAAAUAAAUUAAAUCAAAUUUAAACCACAAACAAAACGCACGUGUUACAGCCAGAUAAAGAUAAAGAUACAGAUACAGCUACAAAUUAAGAUAGAAAGUUCGAGGCAAUAGAGAGAGUAAAGAAUACUGGAUUAUAGGCAUUUUUAAAUUUAACUAUCCAAAUAACGUUUAAGUGUUUCAACUGUAAAUUGUAUCAAAGUUAAAUUAAAAACCAGAUUAUUUAUAUAUUAGAGAGAACCCAAGAAACCAAGAAACAACCACACGGCAAGUGCUAGCAUCUUCUAAUUAUCACUGUAAAAUGAUGUAAUUUAAAGAAAGAAUAUAUAAGCAAUAUUAAAGUUUAACCUUAAAAAGAGCAACAAAAUUGAUUUUUAAGUCAGCCCACACACACACACACACACACAAACACACACACACACACACCAUUACUCACCGACAGCCACAACACAAAAAGCCAGUAAAAUUCCAUUAGUACACAGUAAAAAGUGAGCGCAAACUAAAUUACGAGUCACGAGUAAAUUUUAGAAGAAAUUUUCAAACAAAACUAAAAACCAAAACGAAUUCGAAAUCGA